GAAUGCAGACCAGCUGCGGAGGACGGCGGCAGGCGGCCCCUGGGGCGGGAGAGGUGGCGGUGCUGGGAGGCACCAGGGAAGCCCUGGCCCGGCCCUGGCACGUAACAGAGCUAGGAACCCGGGUGCCACGCGUGUGCGACCGUAGGUGGACAGCCCGAAGUAGAGGCGCGGCGUCAGUGCCGGGAGAAGCAGCCGAGGGCGGCCCCCGAGGAACGAGGCCUGGGAGAACGGCGCCAACACAGGCCCCGCAAAGCCACACUCAAAAGUGGGACCGGGGACCACGGCGUCCUCCUCAAGCCUCCGCGGGGGUCUGCCACGCCCGCCUCCUUCACGCGCAGGUGCAUCUACAAGGUAGACUUGGGUGGGCGGAGUCAAGACCGGAAAUGCCCCGGCGCACUGGUCUUCCCCCGAAACCCUCCAGCAGGAACUUCCCUGAGGUCCCGCUUCCAGCCGGAACGCUGGGUUGCUGGGCAACCGGUGCGGGUGGCGCCGGCGGGCUCAGUGCUGCACCGAGUAAGCCGAGUGUAGCUCCCACCUCCUGCCCUGGCAACUUCCCGUCCCGCCCGCUUCCCUUCUUGCCGCCUCUCCUUGCGUCGCGGAAUCCCUGCCCUUGGCACUACGUGCACCUCUCCGGCUCCCACGACACUUUUGUGGCCACCUGCUUCGAACCCAAACUUCACCGAAAGCGAAGCGGUCUGACCCUGGGCGUGGCCUGCACGUUGACGGACCGCGCCUCUCCAGCCAUGGCCACCUACACCUACACCAGCCGGCCCCGGGCCCUGCCUGGCCGGCGCCGCUGUUACCGGGACGACCAGAUGCAGCAAGCUGAAGAACCUAUGCAUUACGGAAACAUAAUGUAUGACAGAAGGGUGAUCCGAGGCAACACUUAUGCUCUGCAGACAGUACCACUGCCUGAGCAGCCCGAUCCUGCAGAGAUUCAGAGACAGCAGCAGGCUAAGAGGAGGGCUCUUGCCAAAAAACGAGCCCAAGAAGAGCUCAGACCACGAACGCCCGAACCCGUGGAAGGCAGAAAGCAUGUAGAUGUACAGACAGAAUUAUACCUUGAAGAAAUUGCUGACCGCAUAAUAGAAGUUGAUAUGGAAUGCCAAACAGAUGCAUUUUUGGACAAACCACCAACACCGCUCUUUAUUCCUGCCAAAACUGGCAAAGAUGUGGCCACCCAAAUUCUAGAAGGAGAGCUCUUUGACUUUGAUCUUGAAGUUAAACCAAUGUUAGAAGUUUUGGUGGGAAAGACCAUCGAGCAGUCUCUUCUGGAAGUAAUGGAAGAAGAAGAGUUGGCGAACCUGCAGGCCCGUCAGCACGUACAUGAGGAGUUACACAACGUCGAGCUUGCGGAAGUUCAGCGACUUGAAGAGCGGGAGAGACGACACCGAGAGGAAAAAGAACGUCGUAAGCAGCAGCAGUGGCAGGUGGUUCACAAGCAUAAGGAGACUGCACAGAAAAUCGCCGCCCGAGCGUUUGCACAGCGUUACCUGGCCGACCUUCUCCCUUCUGUUUUCAGCAGCCUCAGGGAUGCAGGCUACUUUUAUGAUCCUGUUGAAAGAGAUAUUGAGAUAGGAUUCCUUCCAUGGCUAAUGAAUGAAGUUGACAAAGCCAUGGAGCGCAGCAUGGUUGGAAGAACAGUGGUUGACAUGUUGAUCCGUGAGGUGGUUGGGAAACGACUGAGUCUGUAUGAGCGUAAGGAGGACAGGCACUCUUCUCUGAAACCUGAGGAUGGGCUCAGUGGUCCUGGAGGAAUGAGAGACCCACCGGUGGGCUACGAGUUCCAGGAUCACGGUGCAUCACAGGCACAGAGGCCACUUCCAGACACAGACUCCCUGCAAAGAACACCGUAUGAUGCAAUGUAUAUGGAGAGAGUGUCAUCCCAAGACAGGAAGCUUAUGGAAGAAGAGGAUGAGCAAACAAAUGAGGAAAUCCUUCAGGAGUGAAGAACUGUUGCAAUAGAGGGGAGCUUCGGAGCCGUGGAACCCAGCAGCAGCCAGUCAGCUUUGCGAGCAAUCAGGUAAUGAUGCGCGAGUCCCCUCAGGUUAUGCGCUAGGUUGUGUUUAGUCAACAUGUCUUCUUGUCCAAUGGACUGAGCAAAUCAAAUACGUUGAAAUAAUAAAACUAAUUUUUAAAAUGAAACUUUAUUUAAUAGUAGACUAUUUAGAAGCUAUAUUAUAACUCUAAUGAGAAUUAUGUCUAAUUACAAGCUUCCCAUUACCAGUAUAUAUAACUAAUGAAUGUAUUUUUCCUUAGCCCUUCCAUCACCACUGUGUAACUAAUAUAUUUUUACUUACUCUUCCCAUUACCACUAUAUAUAGCUAAUAUAUUUUUCCUUAGUUUUGUGGUUUCGUUCUUUUUUUAGUAAGUAUGCUAUUUAAUGUUAGAUAUCAGUGCUGUCAGCCAUUGAGCUUUUCUUCUCUGCAGAAAAACUGUUUAACUUACUCUAACCAAGAAUCCCUAAAUGUUGGGUAACUGAAAGCUAUAGUGCUCUCUCCUUGCAAAGACCAAGAAGUAUACCCAUAUUUGUAUAAAAUUAAACAGAUAGUUACCCCUUCAAUCUUCAAUCUUCAAGUAAUGCUCAAGGGAUUCUAUGAAUUAGUAAUAUGCUCUCAUCUAGUUUUUCACAUUCCUGCUAUUAAAAAAUUUCAGGCAAUGCCAAUAAAGCUAAAAGUCCCUCCUCAGAGGCGACCACUGUCAUCGAUCAGGUGUGUACCUUCCAGGCCUUUUUCAAGAUAUUUUUAUAGAUAUAGAUUUGAACACCUGGAAGUAUAUGGGAUGUGUUAUUUGCAUUUUUCACCUAACAGUAUAUCUUAGACCUUUCAACAUUAGUACAUAUAAAUCUCUUUUUAAAAUAUGGUAAGAUAUUACCUAGCAUGACUGUGUUAUAGGGAAUUACCAUUUGACUUUUUAAUCUGAACUUCUCUGGUGAAUUUACCUGCACUAUUGAAAAUCACAGAUAUUUUAUUUCUGAAAUUAUGACUCUUUAAUCACUGAAGUCUUCUGAAGCUUUAGGUAGAUAUAGUCUGUUUUUCUCAGAAUAUUUAUAAAUGUAUAAUAUUUAUAAAUAUAUAUAAAUAUUUAUAAAUACAUAAGUUAUUUGAAAUAGCUUGCAGUUAUUAACACACUUACUUUAGUUUCUUUUUUCUUUUAAAGAUUUUUUUUGAUGUGGACCAUUUUUAAGGUCUUUAUUGAAUUUGUUACAAUAUUGCUUCUGUUUUAUGUGUUUUGGUUUUUUGGCCACAAAGCAUGUAUCGUCUUAGCUCCCUGACCAGGGAUCAAACCUGCACCCCUUGCAUUGGAAGGCGAAGUCUUAACCACUGGACUGCCAGAGAAGUCCCAACCUUAGUUUCUUUUUAAAUUAGGUAUUAAAAAUAUAUAAGAACAUCUUUCUCCAUUUGUAAAAUGAACUGCGCUGUAUGUCUCUAUAGCAUUUUUCAUGAUUCUCAAGCUAAUUCCCCACAUAUUAUAACCCCACAUCAUUUUAACCUCAGAGCAACUUCUGCGGUGUAUGUGACAAUAUUUUUAUUUUCAUUUUCAAUCAAUCUUUGGUUUGUUCAGCCAGCAAACAUUCACUGAGUGCCUUCUGGGUGUGGAGCACCUUGAGGAGGCUGCCUAGCAGUGGAGCUGAGUGAAGCAGGGGUAAAAUGAGGAAACCACAGCUCAGGGGUUUUAAGUGAUUUGCCCUAAGUGACAAGCCUAGUAAGUAAUGGGAUGAAAGCUGGAGCCCCAAUCUCCUUCCUUCUAAUCUACUAUACUUUCUUCUGAACAACCUUGAACCUUUGUGAGGUGCAAAGAAUAACUUCAAAUAAAUUAUUGCAUUAACAGCAUUUUAAAAAUUGGAAUCACUUCUGUCAUUCAUUGCUGGGUUAGUUCCAUCUUGUUAAAAAGUCGUUACGAUCCUCCUAAAAUUUACAAAAUACUAAUUUUGGUAGUAAGACCAGGAAAUUUUUUUUAAUUGGGAUUGUUGUGGAUCACUUUUAUUAUGGGUUGUUCAAUACCCACAAUUUUAAGAAUGCUUUCUGGAUGGAUUUGAGGUUGAUUAUCUUCUACAAUUCUAACCUGCCUUUACAG